GACCAGUUGGCUACCAUUAACAGCACUGAUUAACUUUUGACAACAUGUUAGGUGAAUUUAAACAGGGAGUGUCUGGUUAUUUGUAUGUGAAAUGUCGAAACACAGAAUGCGGUCAUGUGAAUUGUGUUCCCUAUGGAAAAACACACAGACUCUAGUAGAUUGAAGACCUGUGAAAGUUGGAAUGCCAUGGUUUGUUGUCAACACAAAAUUAGGAACAGCAAUGAUUGAUAGUGUAGGUGGGCCGAUGAGGGUCAACAAUUUGUUGUCAACACUAAAUAUACCAACAAUUGGAAAUAAAAACAUGAAAAGAAAAUGGAGAGACGUGUUGGGAAAUAUCAUUGAGACAGCACUGGCUUCUAUCUGUCUAUGCCGACAGAAUCUGCUGCAUAAGAUCAAGGAAAUGGAGGAUGUGCAUCAUGAAGAAUCAAUGGUAUCAGAACACAACAUCAUGGAAGAUCUUAUUGACAAGAUCUCGGAGGAUGUCCUUUGCCAGAUGUUUGCCAGCACUAAAGUGAGUACUGGUAGUUUGUUUUCUGUAUUUUGUUUAUUUACGAAAGUAAAGGACUAUGCAAAACUGACUGGUGUUGUUGAACUGUUUGUGUUAUGUCAGUUGCUUCAAUAUAUGAAUAUCUCUCCAUAUACUGUUUGUACAUAUGUAUUUUUUUUUAUUCAAGGUCAUAUUCAUCAGUCAAAUGCUACAGUUACAAAUGACAGUGAAUGGUCAGAUUUAUACAAUUGUGAUGAACAAUCCUCAACAAUACAUCAAACAAAAAUGCCUAUUAAACU